AUGCCAGGGCCGUCAGGCUAUCGCGACGGCGGGCCUCCAGCCAAACGGCCCCGUCAAGACGACCCACUCGACGACAGCGGCCAACCGUACAGCCUUGCUGGGCCCUCCGUUCAUCCUGACGCUGACGCUUCGGCGGACGCAUCCUCCAAGAGAAGCAGGAAACGGCCAUUAUCCUGCGGAGAAUGUAGAAGGUGGUGCGACCGUGUCUUUCCAUGUCAAUCGUGCUGCAAAAGAGGCUGUGCAGAAAUAUGUCCGGACGGUGCUCUGACUGGAGGCAAGGGUAGCAGGUUUAUUCUUGCCAACACGGAGCAGCUCCACGACAAGAUCAAGUCCAUGGCGGAGCGCAUCCACCAGCUGGAGGAUGCGCUUGGGCAGCUUCAAUCAUCACACUCGACCGAGCCGCAUCCUCUCUUACGCCAAGAGCUCCUGGCGAUCAAGAGGUCACCCGAAUUGUUCGGAGUUGAGCGCAAUGGCGCUCAGCAGUCAAACAAUCAUGACCGCUCUCGGCGCGACGACGAAGACCACCCCAGCGUAGGCUCAUCGACCUCCCCGGGUGUCAUUCAUGACGAGUAUGCCGUAGCUUCAUCAAACGGGGCUAUAUCAAGUCUGACCUAUCUCGGCAUCCCCGAUGACAUCGCACGACUUAGCCACUCCUGCCCUUUCCCCGAGGCUAUGCACCCUGAGCUGAACCCUAAUCUCAGGCAAAGAAUUCGGGACAUGCUCCCUGACCGCGCAGAGGGUCAGCGAAUUUCUGAGCAAGCGCUGCGCAACGCAUUCUGGCAUUACAGCCCGGACACAAGCGAAAGCUUCAUUCCCAACCUUGUCCAUAGCGUCUACACCACCCCGACUGCGCAGUUGCUUCCCCACCGACUCAGCCUAUUCCUGAUGAUCAUCGCAAUGGGCACUGCGGUCGACUUGGAGCAACAACACGAACCUUAUGUUGCCGAACGCUACCAUCAAUUAGCGAGGGCUGCACUCUGCGAGACUAGUGUGCUCGACGAUCCCAGUAUCGAUACCAUCAACGCAUUGUUUUUCAUGUUAUGGUACAUGCUCAUGUUUACCAGCUUCAAGAGAGCCCCUGAACAUACAUGGGGCAUGAUGGGUCUCCUGGCAAAACUGGCGCAAACUGUAAACCGCGAUGGCGUGGGCAAGAUGAUUCCCGAAGAGCUGGAUAAGCGGAAGGCAUUACUCUGGAACAUGAUGAGUAUAGAUGUGCGCCUGGCGUUAAUGUUAAGGCGGCCGCCGUCGAUCCACCUCCGUCAUGUGGACGUGAAGCAGCCGGCAUACAACUUCUUCGGCUCACCGUGCGCGAAUGUGAUCUCUUCCUAUCACGAAUGGAGGGAUCAGUUUCUCGCACAAUGUCAGUAUCCCGUGGCCGAACUUAUCAAUGCGACGCAGCCACCGCGGUACACGGAAGUUCUCGAGCUCGAUGCCAGGAUUCGCGACUUCGAAAUCCCACCACUACUACGCAUGGUCGACAAUGACGGGGUCGCACCACCUCACCCUGUGGGUAUGCAGCAGGCAUUGACCCAGUGUAAUCGCGAGCAGACCCUGCUGAAUCUGCACAGGGCGUACUUUACGUCCGCUAUGAAGGUAACGGAAGGCUAUUCGAUGAAGCACAAAUAUGCCCCAUCCGUUUUGGCAACCUUCCACAGCGCGCUCAGUGUCAUCUGGUCCUUGAAUACGUGCUACCGAUGGGAGCCGGAGCUGUGUGUGCGGGUUUCGAUCCUGUGGUCGAAUUGCCUGUCAUCCGCGCUCGCACUAUGCUUGGUGCUCGGCCGUGUACCCACAAGCCCCAUGUCCUCGCAAGUGAUUACGGUCCUGGAUAAUGUGUUGAGGCUCUUCCACGAGGUAGCUCCUCGGUGUGAGACCGCCGCGAAGUCAAUUGUGAGCUUGUCGACCGCGAUUUUCGCGUGCAUGCCGUUAACAUUGAUUUUGCAGCAUACCCUCGAGGCAUGCAUCGAUCGCUCGCGGACAAUAUACCGCAGCUGGCGCAGCAGCCACACGGACUCAUGGAUUGACCACGACGGGGAUGCCGUCAGCACGAUGGCCAUCCGCUCCGGGGUCAUGUCGUCGCACGCCUCGCCAUCAGUACCUUCGCUAGAGGAUGAUCCAUUUGACACGCGCACCAUUCACUCAGACGCUGCUACGACAUGUAUCACGCCGCGGUGCCCCCCGACUUCGUUGACCCGUACCCCGGUCCGCUCGAGGCUCCCGUUGGGCUAG